UUUUAAUUCAAAAGCUUAAUUUCUUUUCAAAGUGCCUUUUAUAUUUGAAUACAGACAAUGAGAGACGGAAUAAGAUUACGUCAACAUGUCUCUAAAAGAUCCACUAGUGAUGUGUUAUAUGAGGAUAAAGCUUCUUCAAAGAAGAAAGAAGUACUGCCAAAUGAAACUCAACAUUUACUUUUUCUUUUUACAUUUUAUCUUUUUGUGUCCAUUAUUAUUAUUACAUUUGAAAAGAAAUUACCUGAACCAUUAACAAUAAAUAAAGAAGGUUUAUAUCCUGGAAGAUUUAUUGCUGAAAGAGCACAUAAUCAUCUUUUGAAUAUUACAUCUAUUGGACCACGAAUUGUUGGAAGUUAUGAAAAUGAAGUAUUGGCAAUUAAAUAUUUAACUAAUAUCAUUAAUAAUAUAGUUAAAGGAGCCAAUGAGAAUCAUAAGAUUCUAGUCAAUGUAACCAAGCAUAGUGGAGCUUUUCCUUUAAAAUUUUUAGAUGGAAUGACAAAUGUAUAUAGAAAUGUUCAAAAUGUUAUUGUUAAAAUUGGUCCUCAUAGAUCUACUCAGAGUAGUUUAUUGAUAAAUUGUCAUUUUGAUACUUUUCCAGAAAGUCCCGGUGGAUCUGAUGAUGGAGCUAGUUGUGCUGUGAUGUUAGAAAUUUUACGUGUAAUUAGUCAUAGUUCAAAAUUAUUAAAGCAUAACAUUAUAUUUUUAUUUAAUGGUGCUGAAGAAAAUUUAUUACAGGCUUCCCAUGGCUUUAUAACACAACAUCCUUGGGCUAAAGAAGUGAGAGCUUUUAUAAAUUUAGAAGCUUGUGGUGCUGGUGGUCGUGAAUUAUUGUUUCAGGCUGGACCUGAUAGUUCUUGGAUGCUUCAAAUAUAUGCUACAUCUGUUCCUUAUCCUUAUGCAUCAUCCUUAGCUCAAGAAAUCUUUGAAAGUGGCAUUGUACCUGGAGAUACUGAUUUUCGAAUAUUUAGAGAUUUUGGAAAUGUUUCUGGCCUUGAUUUUGCAUGGGCAACUAAUGGUUAUGUAUACCAUACUAAAUUUGAUAAUAUUCACCAAAUACCAUUAGGAUCUUUACAAAGAACUGGAGAUAAUAUUCUUGCUUUAUUACAAGGAAUAAUAUUAGAUAAUUAUUUAUCCGAAAUACCAUUUCAAGAUCAUACAGGAAAUCCUGUAUUUUUUGAUUUCUUAGGUACAUUUGUUAUCAGAUGGCCUCAAUAUAUGGCAUGUACAAUUAAUAUUAUUAGCAUAAUUGUUAGUAUAUAUUCGAUAUAUUUAAAUAUACAAAAUGCUCGUCGAGAUACGAAAAAAUCAAUAUAUUUAAAACAUUUAUUAUUAUGUACGGGAGCAAUAAUUGUUUCAUGGCUAGUAUCUAUACUUUCAUGCACAUUAAUCGCACUUAUUCUUACUAAACUUGGAAAAGUUAUGAGUUGGUAUGCAAGACCAGCAUGGUUAUUUUUUCUAUAUGUGGUUCCAACUAUUUUCAUAUCAAUGACAUUUUUUUUAUUCAUUGGCUCACGUCAAAAAAAGGAAGUUAAAUCUGCAUGGACUUUAUAUCAAAUAUAUUGUGAUUCAUAUUCCAUAAUAUGGAUAUCUGUUCUUUCUUUUUGUGUUGUAUUUGAGAUACGAUCUGGUUUUAUACCAUUACAUUGGGUUGUAUUUCCUACUGUUGGAAAUAUAAUUCGAUGUAAUUUCUUUAACAAAUGGAGAGGUUGGAAAUGGCUGUUUUAUUAUUUAAUGACGACAUGUUUACCUUAUAUACAAUCUUUUUAUUUAAUAAUUGGAGCUCUUUAUCUUUUUAUACCUAUAAUGGGACGAUCUGGUAGCAGUAUAAAUUCGGAAGUUGUUAUGGCUAAUAUGUUAUGCAUCCUCUUUUCUCUGCUACUUAGUUUCACGUUACCAUUUGUACUUUUAAUAAAAAAUGCAGAGAGAAUCUUAAGUGUAUUAAUGGGAAUAUUUUUAAUAACUAUAGGAGUAUUAAUUUUAACUCCACUUGGUUUUCCUUAUAGUGGUGAUUUAUCAUCAUUAGCACCAGAACGAUUUAUGAUUGCGCACACACAAAAACAAUAUUAUGAUGUUGAUGGUAAUUUACGUUAUUCUGGAACGGGAUAUUGGAUAGCUGAUUUAGAUAUGAAUAGUCCACAUAGUGUAGAAGCUGUAGUACCUGAAAUAGGUGCAGUAAUGUCAACAAUAAAAGAUUGUGAAAAAGAAUUAUAUUGCGGCCUACCAUAUUUUAUGCCUGUUACAACAUUUUUAUGGAAAACAAGUUGGAUUCCAGGCCCUGCUCCAUUAAUUAGUAUUCCAACAAAACUUGAACUUAUUUCAAAGUCUAUAAAACAAAAUAUUGUUAGUUUUACUUUUAAUGUUACAGGUCCUGAUCAUAUAAGUAUAAUUUUAUCUCCAUAUAAAGGGGUUCAUUUACAGAAGUGGUCUAUUUUAGAAGGGAAACCAUUAGAAGGACCUAAAUGGAACAAUAGAGAAACAUAUUUUAUUUAUUAUUCUUGUGCAUCUGACUGUGUUCCUUUCACAUUUUCUCUUGAAUUGAAUAUAAAUAAUAUGCCGAAAACUCCAUGCUUAUCAAUAGCACUAGGUGGUCAUUUUUUACAUGGUGAACACCAAACAUCUUUAAGAUUCAAACGAUUCUUAGCACAAUUUCCAUCUUGGUCAGUCGUCACUCCAUGGACAGCAACAUACACUUCUUGGCAAUUUUAAUAAGUAACAUACAAAACUAAUUCUCUCUUGAAUCUUUACUGAAUGCUUAGAGAAUAGUUUACUGAAUAUUGUAAGAAUAGUCAAUGAUAGCCUAAUGAAAACGGCAUUGUACUACAUGUUAUAUAGACAUUUACAAGAUAUAUAAUAUUUAAUAAUACAAAUUAUAAGCUUAAAAAUUAAAAUAAUCUUAUAUUAUUUGUUAAUUUUUUGCAAUUGCAAUAUAACGAAAAGUUACAGUCUAUAUUUAAAAAUAGGAAAAAAAACAAGAAAAAUAUAUUCAGGAUGGAAUAUUUUUCAUUCUAUUUAUAUAAAUUUUUUACUAGUAUAUUAUUAAAUAGAUUAAAAGAAUUUUCAAGGUAGACCUAAGUUAGAAAUAAAAAAAUUCGAAAAAUUUCGAUUUUCUUAAUUAUAGUCAUGGUAGGAUACUAUAAUUUAGCAUAUCAAAACUGUAUGCCUUAGAUUUACAACUAUAUGUAAUUCUUAAAUGCUAGAAUAAUAAUUUCCGUAGACUAACUAAUCUGUAACAGCAGAUAGUGAAUCGAAGAAAUUGAAAUAUUGAAAAAUCAUCGCUAUGCGAUAAUUAUCUUUGUAUUGCGAUCUCUAUUAAGGACACUAUUUAAUGAUUAUUCUUCUAUCUUGAAUAAUCGAUAUAUGCAUUUUAUGAAUCCAGUUAAAGCACAAAUGUUAUAGUCUGCUUUAUUAUGCGUUAUAUUAAGAUUUAUUUAGGUUUAAUUUAGGAUAAAAUUAAUCUAUAAGAAUUCCGAUUUCUUCACUAAUGAAUUUUAUAGUUAUUACAUAUGUCUUAUAUAUUUAUUUCUCUUUUAACGUUUCGUUGAUUUUUUUGUUACAAUUGUUUAGAAUGAGAACCAUAUCAUAAUUGAUUAAAAAAUGCUUAUAUUAGAAUUUAGUAAUGUAAUUUGUUAAAGGGUUGUUUUAUUAAUUUAUUUUUUUUAAAGGAGAUAAAAUUUUUUUAUUACUUCAUUCGUUUUCAUUUACAUUUGUUGUUGUCAAGAGACUGAAUUUAUUUUAAUUGUUGUUGAUAGUUGUUAGUAUAUAUUAAAUUUCAUUUUUGUACUAUUUAAAUAACUCAAUUUGCAUAGUAUAUUAAUCGGUAAAUAGUUGAAAAGUUAAAUGAAUAUAAUUAAGAAAUAUUUAUAAUAACAUUUUCAAAUUUAAUUGUAAGAAAAUUAUGCCAAUAUUGAUAGCCAAUCACAUAGUCAGAUGUAAGUUUAAAGUAUUAUUAGGAGAUAGUAUGCGAGAAAUUUAAAUAUAUUAUUAUAGUACUUUUACACAAAUGUAAAAAAAAAACAUAUUUAAAUGCAUGUAUGUUCAACUCGUUAUGUGAUAACAUUAGAAGAUUUAAUUUUCUAUAAUUGAUAAUCUAUAAAUUUGAAUUCAAUUUUAAUAUAUAUUAUUAAUUAAAAAUU